GGAUCCUACUCAACUUCCAAUGUGGGAUAUUGUAUCCCUAAUACGCCCCCUCGAGAUGAUGCCUCUUCUGGCCAUAGAUCUCGGUAUGUUCGGGGAUGAAUCGGUGGGCCAACUAUGGGCCAAACCAAUUGUAGAUUGGGUUGAGUAUGUGCGGAUCGGGGUCUGA